AUCUUCGCCUGUGCCUUUGCCAGUCGACUUCGUUCUUCACAAAUUGUCUUUCAGUUCACGUCUCUCAACGUCUCAUUUGCAUCAGAUCCUUCUCACAAUCUCUGAUUACAUUUCCCAAAAAUUUUUACAGGAACUUUGUUCCCCAUCACGCCAACAAGUUGAGGACCACAUUUGGCUGACAACGAUACCUGUCUCACAAUCAGCACUCUUUAGCAUUUUGUCUGUUAGGUUUUUCUGUGAGAAACAAAGGGAAAAGGCAGUGAUGCCGUUCCACGACUUUGUCAUUAGGCGUCCUGGCGUCCUUAGUGGCGGGAUAUCCAAACCGCACGUCUCAUCACCGGGACGUCAGUUCAGCACUCCGCGACUGGAAAAGUUGGACUUUCCAAGCAAGCCCCAAGUCAACACUGAAGAACCUCGCCAAAACAUAAAGGUCAAGAUUGAGCCCGUAGACGACUGCGACGGAGACUAUGAGCCUGGAACAGCAGCGAUGGGCUUGUCUUUUCACGACGAUCAGCAACAAUCAGGUUCUUCGAGUUACGAAAACAUCCACGAUGACAGUAAAGAGUUCAUUCUGCCAUCUAUUGAGCAAUCUCCAAGUCCAGAAUCGCUAGAUACUGCCGUAAAACAGCAAGAGCUCUCUUCGUUUUUCGAUUUGAUCAACGGGCUAAGAGGAGGAAGCGGUAGAGGUACACCGGCAAAGAAGAAGGAGACGCCACGCAAGGUGACGCCGCGCAAGGCCACUCGUCCAAGCACAGGUCAGGUGGUGUCACUCGACAGUGCCGUUACUUUCCCGGCGCAGUAUAACAGCAAUCUCGAGUGGAUCAUCCCGAAGGAAGUCGAAGACGCCUAUCAAGAGCUAAAGGAUGCCAACCAAGACUCCACAAAAUGGACUGCUUCUGAGGCCGAACUGCACAAACUCUUGGCGCUGAGAGGCUAUCACCCGCUGUUGCCGGGCCAGUGGAAACGAGACUUUUAUGGCUACAAUUUGGAUGAGGUCCUCUUUGCGCCAUCGGACUGUCAAUUACCAACCGUUCUCCGUAAUGUUUCCACUGCGAACGCUUCCCAGUUUAGGGCUACGAAAGCACUGACCGGGAUUUUCGCCCUGUCUUCCCGUGUUGCAGACGAGCUCAAACUUAGCCCAGAGGGCGGUGAUAAAGCAGCCAAGCUUAUCGAGACUGAGAUUCGCCAGUACCUAACCUGGGCCGAAAAGGACGCGGGGCUUGAGGGCGUCGUGUAUCCAACCAAUGUCGGCGUUUAUCGAGUUUAUGAAACCGAACGCAGCCUGGAUGUACUUGUCGACGAAAUGGAUAGUCUCAUGCACGAGUGGACAGCCGGCUACACCGAAUGGUAUACACAGAGAAACAUCAAAAACGUUCCGCAAACCCUCUUCGGUCUGUUCAUCCUGCAACAUCUUGUUCUUGUCUUGACAAACGACGUUAAAAAGCCAACCACUCCAGCGCGUUGCAUGGCACAGCUCGACCUUUCACGAUCCGACAAUCGCUGGCUUGACCAUGCUCUGAAUCUGGCAAUUCCUAUCAACAUAGCCCGGGAUAUUAAAGUAUUUGAGGUUGUAGGGAACUCAAAUUUUGUACCAGUUACUGCCGUGGCUGUCUCUGAUCCAGAUGCUUAAUCAACUUUCUACACAUGUUUCUUUUCUAUCC